CAACUUCACAAGAAUUUUCCUUUUCCUUUUAUUUCUCACACUCCCUCUCUCCCCUAUAUAUACCUCUUCACAACCCAUCACCCUCUCACCACCUUUACUCAAUUCAAAAAUCUCUCUUGUUCUCUCUCUUACCUUCUAAAAUGGCCAUUCCAUUAAAACUCUUGUUGGGUAGUCUAAUAGUGAUGAGCUCUUUGAUGGUUAGCUAUGGUGGAAACUUCUACCAAGACUUUGACAUAACAUGGGGUGAUCAAAGAGCAAAGAUAUUCAGUGGAGGUCAGCUUCUGUCUCUGUCUCUAGACAAGACCUCUGGCUCUGGAUUUAUAUCAAAGAAAGAGUAUUUGUUUGGGAGAAUUGAUAUGCAGCUCAAACUUGUUGCUGGCAACUCUGCUGGCACUGUUACUGCCUACUACUUGUCUUCUCAAGGGCCAACACAUGAUGAGAUUGACUUUGAGUUUUUGGGAAACCUUAGUGGUGACCCUUACAUUGUUCAUACUAAUGUGUUCACUCAAGGGAAAGGAAAUAGAGAGCAACAGUUCUAUCUCUGGUUUGACCCUACCAGAAAUUUUCACACCUACUCCAUUGUCUGGACCUCCCAGCAAAUCAUUUUCUUGGUGGAUAACACUCCCAUAAGGGUAUUCAAGAAUGGUGAAUCAAUUGGUGUCCCUUUUCCUAAAAACCAACCCAUGAAGAUCUACUCUAGCCUCUGGAAUGCUGAUGACUGGGCCACGAGAGGCGGGCUAGUGAAAGCUGACUGGACAAAAGCACCAUUCACAGCAUACUACCGGGGCUUCAAUGUCCAAACCUGUACUGGUUCAUGCACUUCUUCGGUCUCAGGCAGUUCAUGGCAGAGCCAGGAACUUGAUGCAUACAGUCGAAGGCGAUUAAGAUGGGUUCAAAAGAAUUUCAUGAUUUACAAUUACUGCACGGAUUUGAAACGCUUCCCUCAAGGCCUUCCUCCAGAGUGCAAACGUUCGAGGUUCCUCUAGAAAAAUUUGUUUGUUGUAAAAUUUUAUUGAAGAUUUUUUCUCUGUGUUGCGCUUUGAAUUUCAGUCGGUUUUGUAUGAUGCCAAAUAAAUAUAUUCUUUGUUUCUUGUUUGUAAAUUAAAGAAUGUACAAAGCCUAUUUGUCCCAGUUGUGAGGUUGGCAAUGUUUGAAUUUUCAAAUAAAUUAAUAUCUUGCUUCUCUUUGCCCCAACA